AUGAAAAUUUCCCGUCCGCUGCUGGUACCUCUCCAGUAUAUACUGAUGUUAUGGGAAAGUCUGAUAGCGAAACUGGUCUGUCAACUACCGCAUAUCAAACCCCGGGAGAGGAGCCUACAAGGACGGGGCGUCCUGAAAACCAACCUGGUCCUACUGUUGUGA